AUGCCGGGCCUACGCGUUCCGGAGAGGUGGACGGACUACGCGCCGCUGGGCCGACGCCUGCCUGGUACCCGCUUCAUCGCCUUCAAGGUGCCGCUUAGGAAGAGUUUCAACCAGAAUCUGCAUCCCCAAGAGAGGUUUUCACCUCGGGAUCUGCUUAAGAAGAUCAGGGAGCAGAAGGAGGAGCUGGGGCUCAUCAUUGAUCUGACCUACACGACUCGCUACUACGGGCCGGAGGAGCUACCAGCGACGCUGCACUACUCCAAGAUCUUGACCAUGGGCCACGAAAUACCAAAUAGCCAAAUUAUUUAUCAGUUCAAGUGUAUUGUAAAAAACUUCUUGAGGGACAACAAAGAUAACGAUAAGCUUAUUGGAGUACAUUGCACGCAUGGCUUGAACAGAACUGGCUACCUGGUUUGUAGGUACCUCAUCGAUGUUGAUGGAAUGGAGCCAAACGCUGCCAUAGAGUUGUUCAACAGAGCUCGAGGGCACCCUAUAGAGAGAAUGAACUAUAUUGAAGAUCUUCAAAAGAGAUCUGUGCAAAAGCUUCUGUUUAGGAACUGCGAUGUAAAGUGUUUGGGCUUAGACCCCUUCAAAGGAAAAGGCGGCACGAUGCCAAGUAUUAAAAGGCAGCUGGUGACGGAGCAGCGCCUGCAUCUCACAGAACAUCUGCCCUUCGCAGUGCCCCGGUUUCUCCCUUCCCUACAGAGACAUCAGGGGAACAGUGAAUGCAGAGCCCCAGGCACGGCCAAGAAGCACAGCGAGAGGGACAGCGCCCAUCGCCAGGAGCUCGCACCCCAGCAAGGGGGGCCUGGCCGCCCACGUCCCAGGGACUCUGCAGAUUCGGUGCCUCGCARCAAGGAGCACCGUGAACUGUAUUUUCCAGCACAGGAACCCGGCUUCCAUCUCCCGCAGGAAAAACACGCGGCCAAGAAGCGCAGGCGGCGGCGCAGGAAGCCCGUGAUGGCCUAGGGAAUGUUAUCCCUAAGGAAAACCAUCCUAGGGCUGUGCUUCCACCCAGGACAAGCUGUGUCUCAAGUCUCCCUUAUUUAAUGAAAGGGUUUGCCCUGACCUUCAACAGCAUCUCACUGCAGAGGAAAGUGGGUUUUAAUCUUAAAACAUCUCCUUUUUAUUUUUAUUUUUUGGAUGACUUUUAUACCUCCCAUGUUGGAGCUUGAGCCUUAGGUAAGGUUUUGAAGCACUGGCCUGGGGCCAUGAGGGGCAUCGUAGAGAACAAACGCUGACACAAAACCUUCUUCAAGAAAUGUGGUUUUGAAGCACUAGCCUUGGGCCAUGAGGGGCAUAGAGAACGAAUGCUGACACAAAACCUCCUUCAAGAAACAUUUUCACGGGUGCCCAUUUCAACUUUUACAGAGGGAGCUUUUCUAUAGGGCUUAAUAUAUAGUUCGGAGGAAGAAGAGAAAAAAAGGAGGGGGGAAAAAAGAUUUGCCAUGAGAACACUUUCUAAAGUAAAUUUUAUCAAUGCA